GUUACAGAGUUCAGGAAAAAGGUGCCACCGUACCGCUACACACUGGCCGUGCCCUGGAAGCUGGCAUCGACCACCGGUGGCCUAUCGCCGUCCAUCACCGGAACAUCGCAGCGCCCGAAGAAGCCAGGAAUCGCCGGAAAGCUGCCGCAACCGAUUCCGGUCUCGGUGCCCGCGGGAGGAUACAGGAGGCCACCGACGCCACCACGGUGGUUCCGGCCACACAACGGAUACACGCAUAACACACCGGGAGUUAGGAAACCACCGCCACUGCCGCCUCCGGGUGUACCACUCCCCGGUGGCUCGUACACGGCCAGUCGGUUGAAGGUGCCAGGAGUUGGUUUUGCCACGAGACAUUAACCGAGCCGGGGGGGCAGACCCCGGUGUUCCAUCGAGUUGUACAUACCGGAGGACGGAUGCGCGAUGCUGCAUAUAGUGCAUCGUAGCCAUUUUACCACUAGACGUAGCGAAUG